CCUUCAUGUGUGCGCGCGGGCUUCAGUAAACCGCACGAGCUCAACGCGUUCACAAGCUCGCGAGAACGAAAGCAGAAAAAAUGCGCUUCUCGUUUGGUCUCUUAGCAGGUCUGGUGCUAAGUGUAGGAUGUGUAACAAAUCUACCACCAACUUCCAGUACAAUCUCAUUUACACCAUCUACCUCAACAAAAGCAUCCACUGCAACCUCUAUUGCAAUUACAACUUCUACUUCCAUCCCUACUCAAACCACAAAUGAUUCAGCAUCUACCACGAAUAACUACACCACUAAGGCGACAACUGUUGAAUCAAACACCACGCAGGCUAUAAGUCCAAGCACGUCGACAGAAACGUCCACCAAAACAACUGAAAAUGUGACCACCACCAACAGCCCCAUUAUCACCAACACCAACACAGCCGCCAGCACCACCACCACCAACAGCCCCACUACCACCAUCAGCAACACCACCACCAACAGCAACACUACCACCAUCACCAACACCACCACCAACAACACCACAGACGCCAGCACCACCACCGACCAGGACUCCACCAUCACCAUCAGCAACAAUACCACCAACACCACCACCAAUGCCACCUCCAUUACGACAACAGAAAGCCUUACCUUUCAGUCAACAUCAGCUGUUUCUUCAACUUCAACAAAAGUCAGUUCUAGUUCAACAUCCAUCACUUCUUCAGUGAAACCGCCGUCCCCCACUCCAACCAUUCAGAGGACAACACUAUCAGAUGCAACAGGAAAACCGAUAUCAUCCACAGUGCAGACCAGUACAUCAAAAGUCUCAAACAUUGCCAAUCCCAUCAAAGCCCUGAGUUCAGUGAGCAUCGCCGCCAUCGUCAUUGGGUUCAUUGUCCUUGUGAUAUUUUUACUGGGCGGAGCAUAUUACUUCAAAAUAAAGCGUCCUUCCUAUGGCCGUCUCCUGGAUGACACAGAACAAGUGGGCAAUUUCUUCAACCCCAUAUUUGAUGGCUAAUUGCUAUGUAAGAUGUUCUAGUAUUGAUCCUUUUCAGAGGGCAGGAUUUGAACGAUUGGCCUGAUGUGGCUUUGAACAAAUAGACAGUGACUAACCUGAUGAUCAACGUAAGCGCUUUCAGUGAACUCAUGAUCUGAUAAUCUGAGCAAGUUACAUAGGCCUGCAACACUGUUAAUGUGAUGUUGUUAUAAAUGAGUAAUUUUAUGUGACAUAUGAUUAAAGGUAGUUGAGGUAUUAAAUAUUAAAUCGUAGAUAGAUAUACAGUGCCCUCCAACAAUACUGGCACCCUUGGUAAAUAUGAACAAAGAAGGAAGUCUUUAUUGUUUAACUUUAGGUAUAUGACAGUUCAGUGAAAUGAGGAAUAUUGUUUCUCUUAUAACUUUAAUAUUAAUUUAUAGAUAAUUUUGGACAUUUACAAACAUGGUUUAAGUCUUCUAUGAGGAAUUGUUUUGGUUUCUAGUAGUGCAGCAGAAGAGUCUUUUGAAUACUGACUUAAGACUUAUGGUAAUAGUCUUUUAAUUGAUAGCAAGAAUGUCAGUGUUGGAUGAUAUUAUAUUGAUAUCGCAAUAAAUUGUUAUGAUACAGUAUAAGUAUCCCAGAUGUAAAUACUUCUACACCACUGGCCAAUGUCACAGUUAUAGUAACAAAACCUUUUCACCAGUUGAAUUAUAGUUUGCUUUGUCCAUCUGACCUCUUGAUAACUAUUACAUUUUUGUAAAUGUUAAAAUUGUAUUUUACUUUGGAACCACUGUUUUGCUGGUGGCAAACAAAAAAAGAGAAACAAAAUAAUGUGAUACACUUGAUUUCAAGUAUGAUUGUGUGGCCAUAUUGUCCAUCUACAAUCAUUAUAUUAUCUGUGUUUUAAUGUUUGUAUAUCUCUGAUAUGUUACUUUGAAUACAUUUUCUGUACCUUAUUAAUUAAACCUCAUUUCCUC